GGGCACUUUCCUGGCACUGGAGAAAAGAAGGAAAAGGCAUAAUUCCCAGCCAGUAUUUAUCCAGGGAGCACACUUGGAUGAAUAAAGGUGCGACAUAACAGUGCAAGUCAAUCCAUAAGUAAUUUAAGUCACUUCAACUAUAAUGGAAAAGUACGAAAAAUUAGCGAAGAUUGGAGAAGGAUCCUAUGGGGUUGUAUUCAAAUGUAGAAAUAAAUCUUCCGGACAGAUAGUUGCAAUUAAAAAAUUUGUGGAAUCUGAAGAUGAUCCUGUUGUGAAGAAAAUCGCGCUAAGAGAAAUUCGUAUGUUGAAACAAUUAAAACACCCAAACCUUGUGAACCUCAUUGAGGUGUUCAGGAGGAAAAGGAAAAUGCAUUUAGUUUUUGAAUACUGUGAUCAUACACUUUUAAAUGAGCUGGAAAGAAACCCAAAUGGCGUUACCGAUGGAGUGAUCCAAAGUGUGCUGUGGCAGACACUUCAGGCUCUUAAUUUCUGCCAUAAACAUAACUGUAUUCACAGAGAUGUAAAACCUGAAAAUAUCCUAAUCACUAAGCAAGGAAUAAUCAAGAUCUGUGACUUCGGGUUUGCACGAAUUCUGAUUCCAGGAGAUACCUACACAGAUUAUGUUGCAACCAGAUGGUACCGAGCCCCUGAGCUGCUCGUGGGUGAUACUCAGUAUGGUUCUUCAGUGGACGUCUGGGCAAUCGGUUGUGUUUUUGCAGAGCUCCUGACAGGCCAGCCACUCUGGCCUGGGAAAUCAGAUGUGGACCAACUUUAUCUGAUCAUCAGAACACUGGGAAAGCUAAUACCAAGACAUCAGUCUAUCUUUAGAAGUAACCAGUUUUUCCAUGGCAUCAGUAUACCUGAGCCAGAAGACAUGGAAACUCUUGAGGAAAAGUUCUCAAAUGCUCAUCCUGUGGCUUUGAAUUUCAUGAAGGGGUGUCUGAAGAUGAAUCCAAAUGACAGAUUAACCUGUGCCCAGCUCCUGGAGAGUUCCUACUUUGACUGUUUCCGAGAGGAACAAAUUAAAAGAAAAGCACGUAAUGAGGGAAGAAACAGAAGACGUCAGCAGAAUCAACUGUUGCCUCUCAUACCAGGAAGCCACAUCUCCCCCACACCUGAUGGAAGAAAACAAGUCCUCCAGUUAAAAUUGGAUCAUCUUCCAAACAUUUAGGAAAAUGUUCU